CAAGGAGCGCUGUUACGGAGCACAACAGGUUUGGAAUUGACUGACGCCCACUGUCAACAACCUCUCAACCCAUUCAUUGCCACAUCACCUCGUAUACGGGUACGAUUACAACUAGCAGCAUCAGUCCCUCCAACAUCCUCCUCGUACUCCCACCCUCACCACCAAAAGAGAAGAUCCCUGUCAUACGAAUCUCUCGACAGUAAUACAACAUCAACAUCAAUACGAGCCUCAUCCUCUGGACCCGCCCAUACCGGCGCCGCAUUGCAGUCAGCAGGGGAGGUGUUUCAAACCAUCCCUCUUUGGUCUGUCACUGCGACAACUUUUGCAUCAACCCCGUCCGCCCGCCGCCUUGUCCAGCAACACCUUCUCGAAAACGUCACGAAAGGCUCUUGUGGCUUUCAGCGGAUCACCCUUGAACCUCACCAUUUACGGAUCGCGCUUUGAGGCACCGUUGGAGCCGCCGCAUCUUCUAUGUCGAAACCAUUCUAGCGCAUGUCGCCGGUGGUCACUGACAUCCUUGCAAAGCCCGCCGUCUGUUUGACUGCAGUGUCCGCAUCUCAGUGUCGUCGACUCCUCAGCCCCCCUCCCGGCCUGACACACAUAGCACCUUACUGCUCCGCACUGUUUUCUUACAUACAUCAUGGCCGACCUCGCUCGAGAAGAGGCUGAUCGCUACUUCUCUCACCAAGACCAUUCUGCCUCUCAUCCCGAGGAUAUUGACGACUCAGAUCGGUCUUCAGAUCAUCGACCCCAGUCUCCAGAUCAAGCUUAUCAUUCUGAUCCGGGCACCGACGACGACGACGCCGACGCCACAAACAUGGCCACCAUGACGACCACCAGGACAAGCUACCAUCUACCCUCCCAGGCACACUUCGCCAACACGGGCCCGAAGGGUGUCAUUGCUGAUGCCCAGUCCUUCGCCCGUGCCAAACAAACGACAUUUCGCCAACGGAUAGCAAGCUUCGCCGGCAACUUGACCUCCUCCCAUAAGCCCUCGGGUAGCCUGUCAGAAAAGCCCAACAAGAGGAAAAGUAUCUUUGGCACCUCGCCGAAAUCAAAUUCGUCGGGAUCUGAACAACUGACCCUCUCCGACGACGAAGCCGACUCGGAUUUUAUGAAGACAUGGCGGGAGAACCGCCUGGCCGAGUUGUCUUCGCAGUCACAAUCCGCGUAUAACUCUCAAAAGAGACAAUACCCGAGCCAACGGUCGUGGGGGACGUUCUACGAAGUUGAUGCCAGUGGCUACCUGGAUGCCAUCGAGAAGGUCUCGGACGACACCGUCGUGGUGGUCAUGAUCCACGACCCUCUGUCCACCGCCAGCGCAGAGGUCGAGGAUGAGUUGAGCACUCUGGCUUAUAAACACAACAAGACUCACUUUAUACGGCUGCACCACGAGGUUGCAGAAAUGGAGACCGUCGAGGUCCCUGCCGUACUGGCUUACCGAGGUGGCGACGUCUUCGCCACCAUAUCCGGUGCAAAGGCUGAAGGGUUGGAAGGAGUGCUGAUACGGAAUCGUGUGCUAUGAGUAUUAUUAUUGCUUCAUACUCAUUUGAGUCUGGGAACGGGAGAAUUUUACUCAUUUCCUUGACAACCAUUCGGGCAGCAUCCUGCUGGGUAUCCCACGAACGUUUCUCCGGAGACAUGCUAUCAUACUGAAUCGAAUCCGUCGACUUGGGAUGUGGGUCGUCCUUUGUCUCCGCGAGCUGCACUAUUCAGAUGCCUUCGUCGAUCGGUUGCUUCGGCCCCCGCGUUUGGUACAUGUCUACGUGUAGACAGUACAACGGAUGCUCUCCGCUUACAAUGUUUUCUCAGCGGGCCUACCGAGCUGUUUUUGUCUCUUGAACGAAGCAAGCUCCUAUCAUAGGACGGUCGUGUGGAGUCUCGAGCAGAUGCCUUCUUCCAGAAGGAUUACAUGUUUUUUCUUCCCUCCAAGCAAAAGUGCUUGGAGGUUUGGAAUGUGCGCCCACCACACCCUCACACUGCCAGCCAGCCAGCCAGAUUUGGACGAAACCAAUGAUCCGGAAGGGAGGGAAGGGGGCGCUUAUCAAAAGCCUCCCCACGAAGGCGUUCCUGGGAGGGGGGGGAAAGGCCUUUCCACCUGAGAGACUACUAGAAUAGUAUAUUGAGCUUGAAAAUGUGUGAGAGAGAGGUCAUGAUUUACGAGGGUUAUCACAGUAAAGGGGGGGCUACCAUUUUCCAAAUACAAAGUAGUCUUUUUUUAAUUAUCAUCCACCUGGUACUAUUAU